AUGCUCUUCCGCUUUCGCGAAGCCCAAGCUGCAGACCUAGGCAUCAUCGACGCCGGCCGUACACGUCGCCCCAAAGGCAUAACGGAAGUCGACUCGGUGCCUCUUUGCGAAAAAUGGCGUGGUCAGGUGCUCAAAGAGAUCUCGCGUAAGGUCUCUCGCAUCCACGAUCCUGUGUUGAGCGACUACCAGAUCCGCGACCUCAACGACGAGAUCAACAAGCUCAUGCGAGAAAAGCACAUGUGGGAAAUACAAAUACGGAACUUGGGAGGACCAAACUACAUGCGCACAGCAGGAAGGAUAUACGACGAGGAAGGAAGGGAGAUACCAGGCGGUGGGAAAGGGUACAAAUACUUUGGACGGGCGAAGGAAUUGCCUGGCGUUAAGGAGCUGUUUGAUGCGGCGAAAGCCAAAGCGGGAAAGAAGGAGGAUAAGCCACUGGAGGACAGGCGAGAUCUACGGAGGAAUGUGGAUGCGGCGUAUUAUGGGUAUGCGCCGGGAGAAGAGGAUGAUGCGUUGUUGGCGUAUGAGGCGGAGAAGGAGAGAUUGGCCAUAGAGAAUUUGCUGAAGAAUGGACCGCAGGAACCUCCGGAGGGAUGGGAGGCUCUGCCUGGCGACACGGGCGAUGGACAGGUUUGGGUUUUGCCGACGAUGGAGGAGGUUCAACAGGAACUCAUUGAAAGGAGGAGGCAGAAGUUGCUGGAUCAGUUGUAG